AUGUCUCGGAAUAUUCUCAUCACUGGUGCUUCGGGCUAUCUUGGAGGAACGCUCCUUGCACGCUGGAAAAGCGCCCAGCUCCCUCCAUACUCGAAGCUCUAUGCUCUCGUUCGAUCAGAAGAGCAAGGAGAGGCCGUGAAGCAAUACGAAGCUGAGCCUCUAAUCGGUAAUCUCAAAGACCAUGGCAGUAUCAUCCAGAGCAUCGUUAGUCGGAAAAUCACAAUCAUCUACUUCCUAGUCGAUGCAUAUAGUUCCCAGUACCAGCCAGCUAUGAUUCAGGCGCUGGGUGAAGUCAAGAAACAGACUGGGCAGGAGGUGCACUUUUUACAUACAACGGGUGCGAAACAAUUUAGUCGUCAUGCGGGAAUUUCGACCGAGUAUCCAUUACUCGAUACAGAUCCGAAGUUGUAUGAUAUUCAGAAGGAUGCAGUGACAUCUCAUGAAUUUUUUGUCCAGUCUAUGAAAACGAACAGGAUAGUCAUUGAUACUGCUGAAGAGUACGGGGUACGAAGCUAUAUUUUUGCCCCCUGUAUCGUCUAUGGAGAGGGUGAAGGGUUUGGAAACCGCAUUUCAAUUCAAGAUGUUGCAAUUGUCAAGGCAGCAAAAAAGAUUCGACAAGUAUACAAGGUGGAUUCUGACCAUCCGACAUGGCCCGUCUGUCAUAUCAUCGACACUAUCAAUCUCUACCUGCAUAUCCUGCGAAAGAUCUUGACAGGAGAUGAUAUCGGACAUGGUAAACAUGGCUACUUUCUCGCUGCUUCAGGCAGUAUGCCAUGGGAGGAUAUCUACAGUGCAAUGGCUAAAGCGCUUGCGAAACGCGGUAUUGUCGAUUAUGCAACGGUGAAACAAGCAGAUGACGCAGCAUUGGCACAGAUGGGAAAGGCACUUGAAGUUGAACCAUCUGAUGUGCCUGUUCUUUUGGGUGGAAAGUGUACGUUUACGGCUGUUCAUGGACAGCAAAUUGGGUGGAAAGCUCAGUAUCCACCGGAGCAUAUAUUGGAGGCAGCAGACGAUGAGGUUGAAUUGAUUCUGAAGAGUCUGGAGGUUGAUGAUUCGAGGACGAAUGUGAGGUGA